AUGAGAAAAAUUGCAAUCCUUUUAAUUGCUUGCGCAGUCAUUUGUACUGCAAGCUCUUUAACCGAAUUCACCAACAACCUUUUAUCAUUAAAAGGUACUGGUAACACUUAAACCGUCCUAGCUUCCUGCUUUACAGACCAAACUGGCAUGAGAGAUAAUAAUCUCUAUGCUGGUAAUAACUAUGCUGAACUCUCUGUGAACCCCAAGAAUAAGGACUUCAAGGCUCUCGGAGGACUUCCUUUUGGCUACAAGCUUAAAAUAACUUACAAAGGUAGAUCUGUUGUUGCUACUAAGGGAGAUGUUGGCGCUGGUGGCCCUAGCCAUCCUAAGAUUGAUAUUCACAAAAAAGCUGCUCAAGCUUUAGGUAUCAAUAACUGCGAUAGUUUCCUAGAGAAUGUGCAAAUAGAAUUUCUUGGCUGA